UGACACGUUACUGAUAAUAUUUAUUUACAUGAAUAUGUCUUUAGAAGAGCCAAAAAAGCAAUGCAAAUUUUAUGUUGUGCGAAAAAAACGAAAUUGUCGUAUGCAUGUGAAAGAAGGAGAUGAAUUUUGUGCGGAACAUUUAAAGCCAAAAGAUGUUGAGGAUGUUAAAGAAGAAGACACAAAAAGCAGGAUAGUUUGUCCUUUAGAUAGAACACAUACAUGUUAUGCUCAUAAGCUACAAAAACAUCUGAAAAUAUGCAAUGCUAGGAACACAAAAGAUGAAAUAUAUAUUGUUAGAGGUAUUAAUUCUGGUAGCAAUGGGAAAAUCUGUGAUGACUCUUAUAAAUUGUUGUCAACAUUUUCUAAUUCUGAUAUUUUGGAGACAAUUAAAAAAGUCAACAAAGUUUAUGAAGAACAAAUCAAAGGAAACAUUUCUGAAAAAAUACUUACUCAUGUUUUACUUGAAGAAGAAAUGUCUAAACCUGAGUAUGGAGAUAAAACUAAGAAACACCUUAAGCAGGCUUCAUCCAUACUUGGUUUAUUGUAUGAGUAUAAUUUGGUCAAACCAGAUACUUGUUACAUUGAAUUUGGUGCAGGCAGGGGUCAAUUGACUUAUUGGAUUUGUAAGUCAACAGAACAACAAGAUGGAAUUUCACUUCUUUUAGUUGAAAAGGCGUCUCCUAAGCAUAAAAAAGAUAAUAAAUUAGCAAAAACAACAGAUAAAGUCCAAAGGAUAAGAGCAGAUAUAUCAGAUCUGGUUUUAGACAAGCUUGAUGUAAUAUCAAAAACACAACACAUUGUUGGGGUUACCAAACAUUUAUGUGGUGGGGCUACAGACUUGGCUAUCAGAUGUCUAACCAAUGUCAAAGAGAACAAACACAAAGUAUUGGGUGCUAUUAUGACUUUUUGUUGUCAUCAUAGAUGUACAUGGACUCCAUUUGUUGGAAAAGAAUUUUUCCAGGAAAAUGAUUUUACAAAAAAAGAUUUUGAAAUUUUAUGCGGUAUUGUUAGUUGGGCAACUUGCGGGACAGGUUUUAGCAGGGAGAGAAGAAACAAUAUAGAAAAAGAAACAGAUUUAAAACAAUCUACAGUUGCAAAGGAUGAUGAAUUGGGACUUAGUAGAGAACAAAAAGAAGAAAUAGGCAGGAGAAGUAAAAACUUGAUAAAUUGGGGAAGACUACUUUAUUUGCAAAAAAUGGGAUUUCAAUGCUAUUUACAUUAUUACACAGAUAAAAAUGUGUCUUUGGAAAAUGUUUGUAUAGUUGCGUAUACAAAUAAAUGAUUUUAAAUCUUUUA